UAUCAUAUUGAUACUUCAUUUGUCACUGAUGAUUACGAUAUUCAAAGUUUAUUGAGAAAAAGAAGAUAUCUUAUUUUUCCUGAUCCACAUGGUGGUGAAACUAAAGUUCAGGUUCUUUUUGGCUUGGGUUUACCAAUGGAAGGUGAAAUUUCCAUGACACUUGGAUAUGUUUUAAAGUGUAAUUAUAAUUUACCAUUUAAUUCAUCAACAGUGUUAUUAUCUUCAUCAUCGUCAUCAUCAUCAUCAUCAGCACGAACACAAAGAGAUGCAAUUAAAUCUUCAAUGACAAGAUUUGAUAUUUAUGAAAUUUUGGAAAUUGCAUUAGAACGUUUUGGAUCAGGAAAAGCAUGUUUAUUACGUGCAAUUUGUGAGACUGCUGAAAUACCAUUUAAAAAAUUACAUGGACUUGUUGGUGAAAUUUUACAUGUAUUAUUGACACCAUCAAGUAGCAAUGAGUAUAAUAAAUUAACUCAUAACUGUGAAUAUUAUGCUGCUGAAUUAUUGGGAAAACAAGGCAAUGGCAGAUGUAAAAAUGCAUAUUCAGAAUUUGGUCUAGGAUUACCAAUGGAAAUUGACGUCAGUACAAUUGUUGGAUAUGUACUUAAAUUUAAUUAUAAUUUACCAUAUAAUGCUUCUUAUCUAACCGAGUCGUAUGUACACUAUGAAAGAUCACUGGAUCAUGUAGCUUAUCAUCCAAAUGAGCAACUGAAUUUCAUUCAAAAAGAUUAUUUAUUUUCACGAUGGGAUAUAUACCGAAUGAUUGAGUUAACCCUGGACGGUUCAGGCUCAGGUCGAAGCUGUCUCUUGAGAGUGAUUUGCGAGACAGCAGCUCUGCCCUUUCACAGAUCUUCUGGAAUAUUUUCUCAACUUCUUCACAUUCUACUCACGCCAUCUUCAACAUUUGAAAAUUAUUUGGAUAAAAGUGAUCAAGAAUAUUAUGCUGCUGAAAAAAAAGGAAAAGAAAAUUAUCAA